AUGUCGACGGCGGCUAAUGACGGCGCGCCCACCGCGGCCGGCCCGCCCGCGGCGCCGCCCGGCGCGGCGACCGCGGCGACCGCGACGCCGCCAGCGACGACUCAUGAGGCCUGGCUGACGCCGAGCGCCGCCGGCUACAAGAUUCAAUUACAAGAAGACGUCCACGGCCGCACGCUGAUCGCGGGCUUCGUCGACGUCCGCGUCCGCGAGCAGUCGGGCCUGCAAGUCGACGACGUCAUCCUAUCGAUCCGCGGCGAGAGCGUCGAGGGCCUGGCCUUCGCGAGGACGACGGAGAUGAUCCGGCACCACGCGCGGGAGUUUGAGACGCUCGUGCUUAAGGUGUCGCGGAAGGGCGCCCCCGAGCCCGCCCCCGCGGGCCCGCCACUCGCGACUGGAGACGACCUAGCGGACACGCGCGCGGAACCGGAAAUAUCAGAAAGAGUACCGCGACAGCGGAAAGCAAAGGAAAAGAAGGAAGACGGCCGCCGGGCAGUUGACGGCGGCUGUUCGUUCGUGUUACCAAUCCGCGUCGAGGAGAUUUGGCACGGACCUAGCGGAUUGGAACGACGCCUCGCUACGGACGUACAAGGAGCGACUGGACGCGGCCUACCCGCAAGGGUUCCCGUCCACGCAUCAUUACGACGACCUCCGCCCGCGCUACGAGAAACUCGAGCUAGAACUCGAGCGGCUCGACCGGUCCUCCUAG